UAUGGCUGGAAAUCACAAUCAUUUUUACGAAAAUUGGAAUUAUAGUCUUGAUAAUAUUUCGAAUAAGUAUGAUGUGGAUCAUUUUAACUUGUCUUCAGAUGCAUUGAUAGGUCUUACAAUUCUAUAUGCCUUUACCACAAUUUUGGCCAUUGUUGGAAACCUUUUGGUAGUCGUGGUGUUCAUAAGAGGAAAAAGAUCACGGACGGAUUUGCGCCACUUUUUAAUAAAUUUGGCCAUUGCAGAUUUAUUAAUGGGAUUAUUUUGCAUGCCAUUCACCUUUGCAGAUGCAAUAUACAAUAUGUGGAUUUUUUCAAAGCCCGUUUGCCCCAUUGUUCUUUCAAUACAAAUCAUUUCAGUCGCUGCAAGUGUCUUUACAAAUAUGGCAAUAGCUGUAGACCGUUUUCUUGUGGUCACACAUCCACUAAAACAUCGUUUUACACAGGAGCGUUCGAAAUACAUAAUUUUUGUGAUAUGGACAGCUGCCACAGCUUUGUCUUGUGUCCAGUUCUUUGUAGGGAGGGCACAUGUUGAUGAGGGUAGCGGACACCUUGUGUGUGACGAAAUAUGGCCCUCCAAAAGAUCCAGAAAGAUUUAUACCAUCACGGUUUUAUUGAGUACCUAUAUAAUACCUUUAGUGAUAAUUACAGUAGCCUAUGUAGUGGUGGGAUUCUUAUUGUGGAAAAGGACACCACCCGGAAAUAGAGACCACUUCCGGGAUUUUCUACAGUGGAGAUCUAAAAUUAAGGUGGUAAAGAUGCUGGUGAUCGUGGUGACGAUAUUCGGGGUGUGCUGGCUCCCUCUUCAUGUGUUUACAUUGGUCCGUGACUUUCAUCCCUCCACCUACCACGACAGGCUAGAACUGGGAUUAUACCUGGGAGUUCAUUGGCUGGCCAUGUCCAACAGUUUUGCCAAUCCCAUUAUCUACAGCUUUACAAACGACAGUUUUAGAGCUGACCUUUUGACCUUGUUUUAUAUGUGGUGUCCUUGUUGUUCCUGUCUAAGGGUGAUGAUAAAUAGAACAUAUAGUGUCACAACCAAGGAGAGCUUCCUCAUCCGCCAUCAAAGUAAACCCAAAAAGAGUUCCUCUGCAAAGUUACAGAAGAGGUUAUUAAUUGUAGAACAAACGCCAGGCUGUACCGGAAGUCGAAAUAAGACGUGUGAGGAGGAGCAGCUGGACCUCGUGUGUAAACUGUUUGUCGACAGUGUCUCGGAACUUGGCACUGCGCAAGUCUCGUCAAACCCGUGAUUUCUUAUGCUUUGUAUGUGUGUUACAUAAACUGUGUAUAUGCAUUAAAUAAUCAAACACUCCUGUAAUAAAAAUUGUUCUUGAAUAUUUUCCUCAUGUUAAGGAAAUAAAGGAAUGCAAUAAUACAUGAAAUGAACUCGAUAUGUA